AUGCCAUACAGGUCGAUUAGCUACUUCAAAGAGCUGGCUUUCAUCGUCACAAAGGAGUACACUUCCUACGAGAUGAUCAAGAAACAAGUCGACCACCUGUUCAACCUGUGCAAGAAGCAUAAUGAGUCCCUCCCUGACUACAUCAAAAGAUUUAAGGUGGAAAGCCAACAUUGUGGGAUGUGA